UUCGACCUGAUAUGGUUUGUCUCCAAAAAUUUCACUUUACCGAGAUUUUCAUGGCUACUCGAUUUCACAUUUCAGAGAUUCGUCAUCGAAAACUAUUUCUUCUGUGCUUGUGUUUGUGCGUUUUGGAUGGAAAUUGUGACCAUAAAUCUCAACCUCAAUCUCAAUGUGUGAUGGCCUACAACGACCUCACAACAAUUCCUGCCAUACACGUCCCUCCAAAAUGUUCCAACACUCUCCAACAAAGCCACCAACAACAUAAGAGAAAUUGUAGAAAGAUUUCGAAGGAUGAGUGGAAGGAAAAGAAAUUAAUGGGAAAUUGCCAAGUUGCACAGCUUCAGGGCAGAAGAACCCACCAGGAAGACAGAAUUUUCUGUGCCCAGAAUAUUCACAUCCCAUGGUCAUGUUCAGGCUAUCCAGGUAUGCAAUCACGGAAAGUUGGAUUGAUGGCAGUUUUUGAUGGCCAUAAUGGUGCAGAAGCAAGUGAAUUAGCAGUAAAGCUCCUACCUGAGUAUUUUCUUCUGCAUAUAUACUUCCUUCUUGAAGGACUUCAUUCUGGUGAGCCUCUUGUUCGACUGGAAAAAAAUUCUCAAGGGUUAACAGCAGGAGGGAAGUUUUCUAGAUGGCACCAAAUAAAUGAAUUAUUGACUAAACAUAAGGGUUGUUUCAAGGAUGUCUCUAGUGUGGAAGGUGUUAUUGCAGGGGCAGAACAUUAUGGUCUACCUUGUUCAGAAGUGUGCAGCAAGGAGGAUGAAGACCAAUUUUGCUUUGAAGUCCCAUUGAAGGAUGGAUGCAUGAAAAAUUUUGAUCUACAGAGGUCAUGGUGGAAGUCAAUGGGAUUUUCUGAAGACUCAAUGUACAGGAUGAUAUUAAAGGAGGCAUUACUAAGAGCUCUCUAUGAUAUAGAUAUUGCUUUUUCAAAUGAAGCUUUUAGAAAUAAUUUGAAUUCUGGCUCAACAGCAAGUGUUGUUCUGAAAGCGGAUGAAUAUGUCUUGGUUGCUAAUAUUGGAGAUUCUAAGGCUCUUUUAUGCUCAGCUUGUUCUAAUUUGCCAGAGAAAUUGAGAGGUGCUCAAUGGAGGAAGCGCAAGCACCAAAAGAACAAGAGUAACCAACUUCGAAGACAAGAGAAUUCCAACAGCUCUUAUUCAUUGCUUUGUGUAAAGGAACUAACUCAAGAUCACCGACCAGAUAGAGAUGAAGAGAAAGCACGCAUUGAAGCUGCCGGUGGGUCUGUUAUGAAAUGGGGUGAUGUACCCAGAGUUAAUGGUGAACUAGCAAUAUCACGAGCCAUUGGAGAUGUAUCCUUUAAGAAGUAUGGAGUGAUUUCUGAACCAGAGGUUACGGAUUGGCAACGUUUAUCAAGCAAUGAUAGCUAUCUUGUUGUUGCAUCAGAUGGAAUUUUUGAGAAGAUGAACACACAAGAUAUAUGUGGUCUACUACUAGAAGCACAAGAACAAAAUUAUCAUUCAACAGAAAUUGUACCUGCCCAUGUACACUCAAUGGCCUGGGUCAUAGUAAAUACUGCAUUCGAGAGGGGAAGCACAGAUAAUUUGGCAGCAGUUGUGCUGCCUCUAGAUUCUGCUACUCAUUCUGCUCAAGGUUGCUUUCAGGAUGGUUUGUACCCAGAGAGGGAGAGGGAACCAAAUUUCAAAAUUGACAAAGAAGAGAAUGUGGCUAAUUUACAUUUAGAUGCCACAAAUUCUCCUGAGGUGCGUGGGAGGAACAAGCAUAUGAUUUUAGCUGAGGUGCCAAACAUGCUGAUUCAAGGAAGAAAUAAUGCUUUUAGUUGUUAUCAUCUUCUAGAAAAUCUUGACGACAACAAGGACUACAUAUUUUUGUCACCCUAUAAGGAGAUCAUUACAGAGCAUGAUGGAGUUCGUGCUUUGCCUGAAGGCAUUGUGCCUCUUAAUUGGCAAGGACAAUUGGAUUUAUACCAUGAUCAUGAACUAUGCUUAAGUUUACAGUUGGUUUCAGAAGAAGGGAAUAGAAAAUGUCUGAACCCAGAAGGUUUUGCGAGCUUUUUUGGAUUGAUAAGAUCAAUUCCUUUUGACAGCCAUCAAUCGAAUUCUACAAAGGGAUCCAUUUAUGAUGGUCCUAACCUCAGGUAUUUUUUAAAAAGAAGAUUUGAUCGUGGAUCAUUUGGAGAAGUCUGGUUGGCAGUCCAUAAGAAUUGUACUCACAAUCAAGACAGAUCCAAGACAUGGAUGCAUAAAAGGCAAGAUUGGGAAGGAAUAAAUUCCUCAAUCAAUAAUGUGAGCAAUUGGUCCAAUAAUGAACAUGCCAACUCAACAAAGUUUUCAUCAGAUGGUCAUUCCAGUGACAAUCAUUUUAGUUUAGAAAAUGAUGAAACAUUCAUUCUCAAGCGUAUCAUGGUUGAAAGAGGCAAUAAUGCUUACUUAAGCGGUCUUCGGGAAAAACAUUUUGGCGAGCUUUUCUUGAAUGCAUCUAUUUCACUUGGAGAUUCCCAUUGCAAAUUUCCAGAAAAAUGUUUUACCAAAUUUAAGGAAGAAAAUAGUGCUGUCAUACCAGAAUGGCUAAACAAAUCAUCUAAAAUUGACAGAGAGGCUUCAAGCACUUUUGGAGAACAACAUCAUGAAUCAAUCUUGAAAGAAAAGGGCAAUGAGUAUGAAGAGGGGUUGAAACAUAUAGCUCGAUAUGUAGAGUCAUUUGAGACUCAUACGAAGGACUUUUGGCUUGUAUUUCGGAAUGAAGGUCAGUCUUUGUCAAAAUUGAUUUAUACAGCAGAAGCAAUAAAUCAGGAUAUUGAAAAUGAGAAGUCAAGGAGAAGAGAGAAUGUUCAGGUUCUACAACCUUCUUCUUGGUGGCGUUGGUUGAGACAAACAGAAGAAGGAAAUGAAUUGAUGCGCAGCCUUAUUCAGCAACUGUUAUGGGCUGUGAAGGCAUGUCAUGAUCGUAAUAUCACCCACAGGGAUAUAAAACCAGAAAAUAUGGUAAUCUGCAUGACAGAUAAAGGUUCUGGUGACUGUCAAAGAGGUCAAUCAGGAAGAAUCUGGCCGUAUAAUUUGACUAUGCGAAUUAUUGAUUUUGGCAGUGCUAUGGAUCAUUUCACCCUUGAACAUUUGUAUGGAGUAAAUGGACCAUCUAGGGCAGAACAAACACUUGAAUAUUCUCCACCGGAAGCUUUACUACAGAACAAGUGGUUCCAUGGUUCCCCUCUAAAAGCUAUGAAGUAUGACAUGUGGAGUAUAGGAGUGGUAAUGCUUGAACUCAUCCUAGGCACACCCCAUGUUUUUGAGAUUAGUGCUCGAACACAGGCUCUUAUUGAUCAACAUCUGGAAGGAUGGCAUGAAGCUGCAAAAGAGCUUGCUUUCAGAUUGCGAGCACUUAUGGAAAUGUGCAUUCUCCUUCCUGGAAGUUCUCCACAUUAUCAACAUCAGACUAUGGGAAGUGUAUCGAAUCAAUCGGAAGUUUGGCCCGCUUCUUGGGAGUGUUCUGAGGAGGCUUUUGCACAGCAAAUCAAACAGAGAGACCCUCUUAAGCUAGGGUUUCCAAAUAUUUGGGCUUUACGUCUUGUCCGGAAACUAUUGCUAUGGCAUCCUGUAAGACAACAUAUUAUGAGGAUCGUAUAUCUGCAAAAGAAGCUCUCCAGCAUCCGUUUUUCAGCAUAAACAUGAAAACCAAGCACACAAUGUUUUGAAAAUCUGGGAGAUGCCAUUGAAGGGCUUCUGGGAUCAAUUGGGAAGAUAUCUUCCUUUUGAAGGAUUGUUGAAGAGGUUACAUAAGGUACGCCAAUAUUCAAUUUUACUAGGUGGGGAGGUUAUGUUGUCUCCAAGUUUUGGACAAAUACAAGGUUAAGAAAUAUGUCGAAAGAAGUAAUCUUGAAUGGUGCAAAGCAGAUAUUUGAUGUUCAGGGUAUCCAUUCUUCAUCUAAGGAUCAAAAUUUCAAUUGCCAAACAGGCAUGUAGUAUAGAAUGGUUUAUCUGCCCAACUAAGAUCAGAAGGAAAUGGAUUUAAAAAGUCAUCGUGAGAAGACAUGGUGUUUGUAAGACAGUAUAUCAAAAGAUUCAGAAAUCUGAUGAUAUGAGAAAGUUGUAUUUUAUAGCACUGCAAUAUUUUCAACAAUCAUCAAAAGUUAUUUAAAAAAAUGUCUAAAGUUGUAUUUUAUAACACUGCAAUAUUUUCAACAAUCAUCAAAAGUUAUUUAAAAAAAUGUCUUUCUCCUCGACUAAGA